AUGGAGAGAAGUUUAAUGGAUCUUAUGAAUGAGGAGUCACGACUAAAAUCGGAGUUGUCAGCUUUGAACAGGAGGAUAGAGGCUCUCGUGCAUCAGCGCGAGGUACUACAGACGGAGUAUGAGCAGGUGGUGUACCGGCUCUCCCUCGCUAGGUUAAACUCUACUAGGACUUCCGACUUAUUUGCUGAAUACUGUGACCAGAGGAUAUUUCCUUGGACCUCUGAGCUUGAACGUAUUCGACGCGAAAUCUUCCGCAUUCCCGAAUUUCGUCCUCUUCAACUGCUUGCCAUAAACGCCUACCUAGACAACCGAGAUGUGAUCCUCGUCAUGCCAACUGGCGCGGGCAAAAGUUUAGUCUACCAGUUGCCGUCCUUCUUGGGAAUUCCUGAGUACAUGGGUAAGUUUACGCUGGUAAUCAGUCCGCUCGUUUCCCUGAUGACCGACCAGGCAAUUGGCUUGCGGAGACUGGGCAUUCCUGAGGGUUCCGUGGCCAUCCUCGAUGCUUUGUCAUCUCCAAUAGAGCAGCAGAAAGUACUGCACGUCAUCGGUGGAGAGGAAAAGGACAAGUCCUCGGUAGGAAGCGGUCUGCGAGUUCUCUUUUUGACCCCGGAAAAAUUGAGCAAGUCGAAACGCCUGAUGUACCGACUGGAGAAGGCGUACACACGGGGUAGCCUGGCGCGGAUUGCAGUUGACGAGGUCCACUGCGUGAGCCAAUGGGGCCACGACUUCCGGCCCGACUAUAAAUUUCUCCACGUCCUCCGCUCCCAGUUUCCGCGCGUGCCUAUCCUUGGUCUCACCGCCACUGCCUCUGCUGAGGUCAUCCUUGACGUCCAGAAGAUGCUCGGCCUCCAGCAACACCGCUGUCUCGUCCUUCGGUCCUCCUGCAAUCGACCCAAUUUACGUUACGAAGUGCAGUUUCAAUCUGGUCCUGUUACCUCUUCCUAUGGUACUAUCUGCGAACUACUAAAUUCUGAAUUUUCGGGACUUUCAGGUAUUAUAUACUGUCUGUCCCAGAAGGACACGGAAAGUCUCUCGACCUUUCUCAACAAGGAGGGCAUCACUGCCGCAUUUUACCACGCUAAUGUUGACCCAUCUCAACGCGAGCGCGACCACGUGGCCUGGCUAGAUGGAGAAAUUCAGGUGAUGGUGGCGACAGUGGCCUUUGGAAUGGGAAUUAACAAGCCAGACGUACGUUUCGUGCUGCACUUGUCGCCGAGCAAGAGCGUGGAGAACUACUACCAGGAGUCGGGUCGUGCAGGACGCGACGGUGCACUUAGUCGAGUGGUACUACUGUGGCGCCUAGCAGAUCUCUUUCGUCUAGGCACUAUGGUCUUUGCCGAGCAGACGGGCCUGCGCAAACUUCUUCAGAUGACUGCCUACGUCGUGGAGACACAGCGCUGCAGACGCCGCCUCAUCUGCGAGGCCCUUGGCGAUACCGAUUGGUGCGCCGACCACUGCGAACUCUCGCCCUGUGACAUCUGUUCUAACUCCCCUCCCCCCACUUCCUCUACUGCCUGUGAAAUUGAUGCGACCGGCGUUAUCAAUCGGAUGCGGGAGAUCCUCGAGGAUAAGCGGCUUAAGUUGCAGCGCCUAACGGGUGCCAAGUUGGUGGACCUGCUGGUGAAGGACGCGGGUGUGGCUGACGCACUAGCUAAGGCACUGACGAUCCGCCUGAGCCGUAGGCAGCAGACUUGUGUCUGUGAGUACCUGGUGGCUUGGUGCCUCUGCCACGGGGUAGUCACACUGGAUUUCCACUUCACACCCUAUUCGACCAUCGCCUAUGUCGUCCCCGCUGCUGCCUCCUCCCCACCGUCUGCAAAGAUCCACCUCCCUGUUAACAUUUGGACCCAUAAAGAGGCGCCGAGGCCGUGUCGAAAGCGCUCUGCUCCCGCCACCAUUGGUCCUGACUCUGAUUGA